GGGAGAUCUUCCUCAUCUUGUAUGAGUCCUGUUUGGAUAUCCCAGCUGUUUUAAAGUUAAAAAUUUUGCAGUUAUUUAUCUUGUGGAUAUUACAGAAGUGCCUGACUUCAACAAGAUGUACGAGCUGUAUGACCCCUGCACUGUCAUGUUCUUCUUCAGAAACAAACAUAUCAUGAUUGAUUUGGGCACUGGCAACAACAACAAGAUCAACUGGGCAAUGGAAGACAAGCAAGAAAUGGUUGACAUCAUAGAGACCGUGUACCGUGGCGCCCGCAAAGGCCGGGGUCUGGUGGUGUCUCCCAAGGACUAUUCUACCAAGUACAGAUACUGAGCACUGCCCUCAGGCUGUGCAGAGGACACUGGGAGCCUCUUCCACGUAGAAAUACUCUGCUCUCAUAGCCUCUGGAAGCCUGCAGCACAGCACUGCUGUGGAGCUGGAGGAUCCUUGAGGUGAGGGUUACAGAGCCUUAACUAGCUGGAGCAAAUAAACAUGGUGAAGGAGCAGUGGGAAUCGGCUGUGCUUUACUGAGUGUAAAUGUCUUUACUCUCGGGGUGACACCUGAGUGUUUGUCCCAGGAGGCUGUCAGGUUUUGCAUCUUCAAGUGGUUGCCAGAGCUGUCAAGCAAACUACCAGACUGGGUGGGUUCAGCAAAGACAUUUCAGCUGGACAGUUCUCGAGGUGUGAGCCUGGGUUCUGGGUUUCAUUUGAGGCUGUGGGCAAUCUGUAGUAACCCCUUGGCUCUGGAGGUUGUUGGCCAUCCUUGGUGACCAUUGGACUGACCACACAUUAUCCCAGUCUUUUGAGUUGUGUGUAUCAUGUGUAUGUCAGUCUCAAAACAUCCCCUACUUACAAGAACCCCAGUCACCUUGCCUGGGGCCACCUCAUCUCAGCUUCAUCUUAACAGAUUACGUAUGAUGGUCACUCCAAAUGACGUCAUGGUCUGAGAUUCUGGGCUUAAAACAUCAACAUAUUAAUUUGGAGCGACAUAACCCAUAAGAAGAUCCAGUCUUAAUCUUACCCAGCAUAUAAAACACUGUAAUCCAGGUAGGAUUCACUCCUGCUUCUGGCUGAGGCCAGUCAGCUGAGCUCAAAACACAGCUACAAAGAUAGCAAUUGCCUGGAGCUUCCCUUCAGUGAAUAGUCCUCCACUGUCCCUCAGAGCGUAUACGUGUCCUGCUUCCUAAGGAGGCAGGGUCCUCAUUCCAACACAAGUGCCCUUAUCUACAUCAGCUUCCUCUUGUUUCUUUUCUUCCUGGCAAUGUGGAGGGACCCGGGUCUACCCUCUCAUCUCUCUGAACACAAACUCAGAAGAGAAAGGCGAGCCAGGAGCUGACGCUAGAUGAGCUCCUCACCGACUCGGGCAAGCCUCAGGACCCCUGCCUCAUGCGUCUCCAUCGUAUGCAGUGGUGGUCAGUCACUGGGUGCCUGGUAGGUAGACAGUACCUUCUGUUGUUCACACACUGAUCCAUUAUGAAGACUCAAGAGUGAAGCAGAUGUCUGACCUACAAAUAAAUGCACUCGUCGGAUGAACUAGAACGACUCUGUGCUUGGGAAGCGGCUUGGUGAUAGAGGUAGUAUUCAGUCCCUAGCUUGCAAAAAGUCAGAUUCAUAUGCAGAUCUGCAAUGUAACGCCUAGCACUCAUUGCCCGUUAAAAGAAUGGUAGAGCCAAGCAUGGUGGUGCAUGCCUUUAACACCAGCACAUGG